UUUUCCUAUCAGAUAGCACGGAUGAUUCGCGACAAAGAGCGGGAAAAGCAGCGGUCUGAGCAGCGGGCUUUAAGAGAAGCAAAACGUGUCUGCGCGCUUAUCGCUAAAAUGGUUCGAGAUUUUUGGCAGAAUGUCGAGAAAGUUGUCGAUUUACGAAUACAGGAAGUAAUAGAAGGAAUGAAGAGAAAAGCAUUGGACCAACAGCUUGAAAUGAUGGUAGGCCAUGCCGACAAACUAAGCGAGAUGGUGCAGGAAGAUGAGGGUAGUAGUGUUUCGAGCGGUUCUGAUGAUGAUAUGUCAAUUUCGGAUAUCGAAAUGACCGAGGGUAAUGUAAAGGAAGAAAUGGAAGGAUUGAUGGCUGAAGGCAAUCUAGAACUCGAUGAUUUACUCGAUUCGCUUCCGCCUGGUUAUCUGGAAGGUAUUUCGAAAUCAACCAGUAAAAUUCGUGGUUUGCCGUGUGCUGCUGGCAGCAUAUUAGCAGACGGGAAACGCCAUGACGAAAGCGAGGCUUCUACAGAUUAUGCAACUUCCGAAGUCACUCAAGGUACCGCACUUUUGCGCCUACUUCUGACUUCUUACUACGAUUGA